AUGGCGGAUAAAGCUGAAUAUCAAGAAACAGAGCCAUUAGUCACCCGCUGGUUGAUGGAUUACUUGACAUCGUUGGCGUGGGAGUUGUUUGAAAAAGACAAAUACAAUGAUUUUUGCGCCGUGAGAGACCUGAUUAGCAGUGUCCUACUUCGUCCUGUGGGAAAAAAUGAAGUGAUUAAUAAAAAGGUUCUGGUAAUGCAGUUACUCUCCCGGGUAAACGAGGGCGAAAGACUUGAUAUGACAUUUGAAAACAAUGACCCAAUAUCCCCUUUGGAAUCAGCCCUUCAGCAGCUGGAAAGUAUGUAUGAAGGAAGUAAUAUUCCACAAGAGGAUUUGAAAAAAGUGUGCAACUCUGUCAAGGAGAUGAUUGUGAAGCUUUUCAUUAAGGACAAUAUGUUUAGCAAAGCAGAAGAGGCCCUAUGUAAUUUUCCCAAAGCAAUGACUGCCAAGAAAGAAAUAUACAUGGAUCUCAUCAAUAGGAGGACCAAUAAUCAUAAAGUUAUUGAGGAAAUAAACUUCAAACAGUUGAAGGAGGAGAUUUCUGCCUUUUGCGUGAAAUUUUGUCCAUGCUCUGAUCCCCUUCUUCAUGAGACUGCAAAAAACGUAAUCAAUCGAAUCAAAAGACGACGCAAAGAGAGCAUGACCAGCGAUGAUACGGAGGAAUGUUACCCCUCCAAUCCGCUUAAUGCACAAGGACACGCUCAGCCGCUCAUAUGUGACGAUCCAAUUAUUCCAAAAAAGAGACUGAAGAUAGCCUACCAGGCUUUGGCAGUAGCUGAUCGCAUCACAAUACCGUUCUCUGAACUAGAGGAAGAAGUUCAAAAAGAAAUCACUGUCUCAUUUCUUGAGACAGAAGAUACAGAUGAAAACUCAGAAACCGAAGAGCUUUUUGAGGAAAACUCUGAAAGCUCCAAUCACUAUGUCCCGCCCACUCCUACCAAACCCCUACCAAACAAACCUCAUUCCAAGAACCGUUCACCACAAAACAGAGCCAGGGAAGAUAUGAGAGCCUCGGUGAGGAAACGGAAAAGUAACAAAAUGGCCAAGAUGGUGAUGGAUCCGGACAGCCAGGAGAGCUCAUUGGGUUUGUCCCAGGAGGUGGAGACAACAGUCAGAGCGGAGGAGUUACAAAAUGGAACUUGUGAAACCCCUCACACUGACACUGAAGCACCCCAGCUGAGGAGAAUUCAAUUAGCCACACAGAAAAGAUCUUCCCCUGAUGAUGUUGAGACAACUCCUCCUCCGCAACAUGAGGAACAAUCCUGUAGCUCACCAGCAAUCAAUGAAGUCUCUCUAAGAACACCUCAUAAGGAGGCUUUGCCAAAUGGAAUCGGCAGUGAAUCCGAAGAAUCAUCAGACAGUGCCCAUGUUAUUCCGAGUUCUCCAGUUAACAAUGAAACUCCGGAAGAACAGCGUUCCAACAGAGCUUCCAACCACGGGAACAUUGCUGGUGACCAAGAAACUAAGAACCUGUCCAUCAUCCUUAACUUUAAGUACCAAGCCAGCUGCUCUAGUGAGCAAGAAAAGCAGGAGUAG